AUGACAGAGGCCUUUGUUACGCUAGCGACAAAUGACGAGUACGUGCAGGGAGCGCUUGUGCUCGGCUACUCUUUGAGGGAAGUCAACACGUCGAAGCGGUUGCACGUUUUGAUCUCGGAGCAGGUGACCUCCUCGGCACAACAGCAACUCUCCGAAGUCUUUGACGACAUCUCGGUUGUUGAUGUUCUCCAGAGCGGUGACGACGCGAAUUUGGCGCUGAUCGGCCGCCCCGACCUGGCCCUCACCUUCACCAAGCUCCACUGCUGGCGCCUCACCCAGUACACCAAGGCCGUCUUCCUCGAUGCCGAUACCCUGGUGCUGCGCAACGUCGACGAGCUGUUCGAGCGGGACGAGUUCAGCGCCGCCCCGGAUAUUGGCUGGCCCGACUUCUUCAACUCGGGCGUGUUCGUGUUCCGGCCGAAUGAGGAGACAUACCGCUCCUUGAUGCACCACGCCACCACGCAGGGCUCGUUCGACGGCGCCGACCAGGGUCUGCUCAACUCGUACUUCUCCGGAUGGCGUGAGUCCUCCUCGGCACACCGUCUCCCCUUCAUCUACAACGUCACCGGCGGCAUCUUCUACACGUACGCCGCGGCGUAUAACAAGCUGAAGGACCAGGUGAAGAUCGUGCACUUCAUCGGCACGCAGAAGCCGUGGCGCGGCGGCUCCGGGCUGCAGUUGCCCGAAUUCUCGCAGCGAUGGCACGAGAUCCACCGGCGGCACGUCUCGAAGCAGGGCACCUCGGCGCAGCCGCACGCGUCUGGCGAUCAUUACGAGCUAAUCCUCGAAAUUACGGAAAAGGAGGAUACUCCG